AUUCAACAUAUUGUUAUUUAACAAUGUUAUAUAGAAAGUAUAUUAAGUAGCAUUAUCUUCCAUGGCUUCAUACAAGAGUCGCGUCAUUCAGUUAUAUAAAAAUUUAUUGCAUCUAGGAAAAGACUAUCCUAAAGGUUACGAAUAUUUUCGCACCCGUUUAAAAUCGGCAUUUUUGAAGAACAAGGACUUGACGGAUCCAAUUCAGAUCGAGAUGUGCCUAGCGCGUGGCCAGUACAUCAUCAAGGAAUUAGAAGCUCUGUAUAUGUUAAAAAAAUACAGAACAUUAAGAAAAAGAUAUUAUUCAGAGAAUUAAGUUGGUUUCCUUUGAGCACAGUCCUAUUUUUUAAUUAAAUAUUUAAAAAAAAAGUAUGUUUACCCAAUUGGCAGACGGUGCGCAUUCUGGAAUUUUGUAAUUUGUAACAAUAUAGUAAUCCAUAAACUGUUGUAAAUAGCGCAUGCAUUCUUUAAACAAGAAUUGAAAUAGCGGUAAAGUAGCUCGAUACAAUAAGGCAAUAGUUCGGCCGAUUAUUAAAAACAUCGGACUUUGAAGUGUCUGUAGACGUAUAAACAAGAAUUGUUAAAAUAAUUAGAAAUAAUUUGAAUUUCAGUUUAGAUGAUGAUCAGUUUAUGGAUUGUUUACAUUUUUCGAAAGAAAAAUGGGAUAUUUUUUGAUAUAUAAAAAUUUUAUAUUGUUACGAGCUUUUUUGUUGAUAUGUAUGUAGUUCAGAUUUUUAAGAAUUUUUAGAUUUGUAUAAAUUCCAAUAGUAAUUAUCCAUCAUUUGGGUUUCCGUUAACAUUUAAGCAGUUUACAUUAUUUAGCAAACUUCUAAAUGAAUAUUAUUGUACAAUUUACUUAUGCUAUUUAUAUGGUAAAUAAAAAAAAACUCCAUAUGAUGGAGCCUGCAUAAUGAUGAUUCUCAGUAUCUGAGAAUAAUCGUGUUGAUUACUGAAUAAAAGCAAGAAAUUUGUAAAUGUUUCAU